AUGGAUAAGAAAAAUUACCCAUGCAAUGUCUGCGACAAAUAUUUCUACCAAAGUAGACAAUUGAAAAUACAUCAACGCACACACACUGGUGAAAAACCGUACGCAUGCGACGUGUGUGACAAAUCGUUCACCAGGAAUUUCUUUUUGACAGAACAUCGACGCACACACACUGGUGAAAAACCGUACGCUUGCGACGUGUGUGACAAAUCGUUCAACAAUAAUGGUGAUUUGACAAAACAUCGACGUACACACACUGGUGAAAAACCGUACAGGUGCGACGUGUGUGGCAAAUCUUUCAGCCAGAGUGGCAAUUUGGAAAUUCAUCGACGCACACACACUGGUGAAAAACCGUACGCUUGCGACGUGUGUGACAAAUCGUUCAACAAUAAUGGUGAUUUGACAAAACAUCGACGCACACACACUGGUGAAAAACCGUACGCUUGCGACGUGUGUGACAAAUCGUUCAACAAUAAUGGUGAUUUGACAUCGUUCAACAAUAAUGGUGAUUUGACAAAACUUCGACGUACACACACUGGUGAAAAACCGUACGCUUGCGACGUGUGUGACAAAUCGUUCACCAGGAAUUUCUCUUUGACAGAACAUCGACGCACACACACUGGUGAAAAACCGUACGCUUGCGACGUGUGUGACAAAUCGUUCACCAGGAAUUUCUCUUUGACAGAACAUCGACGCUCACACACUGGUGAUAAGCCGUACGAGUGCGACGUUUGUGAAAAAUCGUUCBCUACAAGCUCCCGUUUGACGAAACAUAAACGUACGUGCAUGGCAAUMUGA